CAGCAGGUCAAUGAAUUGACAGAGCACAGGACUCAGGCAGCUGUGAGCCUGGGGAAGUGAGUGCAGAGGAUCUGCAGCUGCAUUUUUGCACUAAGGCUACAGCAAUCCAGAGGUAAUAAGGCAUAUAUUUCCCAUCAUCAAGCCUCUACUGGACAUAUGCUGACCCACUAUAGGGGAUAGAACUAGGAUUCCUUAUCUGACGGUGACUGGGAAGACACUGUAAGCAACACUACAAGAUGGAAAUACAGUACGUAUGCGGAAGCCAUUAGCACUGUAAUUGCUGUCUGUCACUAUGACAACCAGCCGCUGCAGUCACCUGCCUGAGGUCUUACCAGACUGCACAAGCACAGCCCCCUCUGGAAAGACAGUAGAAGAUUGUAGCUGCCUUGUGAAUGGACAGCCACAGUAUGUCAUGCAAGUUUCAGCAAAGGACGGUCAGUUGUUGUCUACAGUCGUACGAACUCUGACCACCCAGAGCACCUUCAAUGACCGUCCAAUGUGCAGGAUAUGCCAUGAAGGGAGCAACCAGGAAGAUCUCCUCUCACCAUGUGAAUGUACAGGAACGUUAGGGACAAUACACCGCAGCUGCCUGGAGCACUGGCUGUCAUCUUCUAACACCAGCUUCUGUGAACUGUGUCACUACAGGUUUUCUGUGGAACGGAAGCCAAGACCAUUAGUGGAGUGGCUGCGGAACCCAGGCCCCCAGCAUGAGAAGAGGACUCUCUUUGGAGACAUGGUGUGUUUCUUGUUCAUAACGCCGCUCGCCACUAUCUCUGGCUGGCUGUGCCUUCGGGGAGCAGUGGAUCAUCUGCACUUCAGCAGCAGGCUGGAAGCCGUAGGGCUUAUUGCUCUCACUGUUGCACUCUUUACCAUUUACCUCUUUUGGACACUGGUGUCAUUCAGAUACCACUGUAGAUUAUACAACGAAUGGCGCCGGACCAAUCAAAGAGUUCUUCUUGUGAUCCCUAAAUCAGCCAAUCUACCUUCCAACCAACAGUCUUUGCUGGGUCUACAUUCACUCAAAAGGAACUCAAAAGAAACAAUUGUGUGAAAAGAAUAUGAAUGGGACAUUUCCUGCAGCAUCAUGCACUGUAACUUUCUCUUGCAUCUGCCAUUCAGACUUAAGUCAACGACUGUUGAAAACAUCAAGAAUAUGGAAUCCUCAUUUCCUGGAGCACCAAAGCCCAGUUUUAGUUUAUCAUGAAUGCUGCGAUUAUGUAUAUGCUAAGUUGCCAAACCUUGUUCAUUUAGUCUAAAACAUUUUGUAUAAUAUAUAUAUAUACUGUAUAUAUAUAUAUAUAUAUAUAUAUAUAUAUAUAUAUAAAUCAUACCAUGUAAAAUGCUUUGUGUUCUCUUUUCUUGGUAUCUGACGUUAGAAGAUCCUGCAAUGUAAAACAUUGCAGUUCUUGAAGGAUUAGUAGAAUUUAGCACAAACAUUUUUGUUCAUUCAUGUACAUUCUAUGACAAUAUGCAGACAUUUUGAGUGUUUUUUUUUCUUCUUGUUUUUAGGACAUUUUGUAUAAAACCUUUAUAGUUUCUAAACUAUUUUUAAUGGCAUAAGGUUUUUUUUUCAAACCUUGUAUUUAAAGGAAAUUUAUCUAUGUACUGAGUGGGUAUUACUCAUAAAAUUCAGAAUUUAACAGUUACAAUACAGCAUAAACCAUUUCAGACCUUGUGUGCUAUUCUUUUUGACUACAUUGUAGGAGAAUUGCAUUUUAUCUAAUUAUUCUAAUUCAUAGUCUGGAAAUUAAAAAUGAAAGGAAGGCAUUAAUUAUAGUAAUUUCCACACUGUUGGGAUAUCUGAGAUCUAGAUUCAGUGCAGAAAAUACUACAUGCAUUGGAAAAUGAAUAAACUUAGUAUCUGCAAAUAUCAAACCUUUUGGAUUAAUAUUUCAAGUAUACAACUGAUAUUAUGGAUUCAAAUAUUAUUGUUCAUUAUUUAAGUAUUAAAUACUCCACAAAAA